ACCGAUAUUUUUCAACGAUUAUUUGAUGCUGAGGUACGUGCGAUAUGUUUGUGAGCAGAAUCUUUGUCUUUUCUCCCCUCUCCUUCUCUGGCAGAACAGCAACAGCCUGAAACAAAUCUUUCUCUGCUUUUUCAAUAUCGUUUGUCUUGUCCAGGAAAUUACGAAGCCAUCGGCAUCAUACAUGACGGAUAUUCAAUCGAGAAUCAACAGCAAGAUGAGGGCAAUGCUUGUUGAUUGGCUCGUUGCUGUGCACAAGAAGUUUCGCCUGCAGCCAGAAACACUGUAUCUGUGCGUGAAUAUAAUCGAUCGAUAUCUUUCUCUCGCUCGCAUUCUUCGUGAACACCUACAGCUACUUGGAGUCACAGCGCUUUUUGUCGCUUCCAAAUACGAGGAACAGUAUCCUCCUGAGGUAAAGGAUUGCGUAUACAUCACCGAUCGGGCCUACACUCCACAGCAAGUUUUGGAUAUGGAAUUCGAAAUUGUAAUGGUUCUCGAUUUCAAGAUGACGGUUCCCACUUCCUAUCCAUUCCUGCAGCGGUUCUUGCACAUCACUAAUUCUCCAGACAUUGUGAGAGACUUGGCAAGCUUCUACACGGAACGAAUGCUACAAGAGUAUUGUAUGUUGAACUUCCGACCAUCGUUGCUUGCAAGCGCAGCUGUUUGCUUGGCUUGGAAUAAUCCCGGUGUGCGAGAGAAUAUCGAGAUCACUGGAAUCCCAGAUGGGGAACUCCCGAGAGUGGUACGUACGAAAUUUUGGUGUCAGAAAUUGAACUCUUUGUGAGGUCGUUCUUUUCCGCUUGUCUGAACCUCACUUUUCAAAUUUCUUUCCUCGUCAUGAAGUUGGAAAUUAUCAUAAACUAUACUGGAUUUUGUGAAAGGGAGAUUCGACACACCGCGAAUGUGAUCUGUAAUAAGAUUCAAGAGGACGACGAUGUUGUACAAAACAACCCUUGUAUAAAGCCACUAAAUCAAG